GUUGUGAAUCAACUCUAUGUUUCUCUUAUUGCAGCUGAUGUCACUAAGAAAGCUGACCCAAAGGCUAAGGCCUUGAAAGCUGCGAAGGCUGUGAAAUCUGGACAAUCCUUUAAGAAGAAGGAUAAGAAGAUCAGGACGAAGGUGACAUUCCACAGGCCAAAGACAUUGUCAAAGCCUAGGGACCCAAAGUACCCUCGUCACAGUGCACCGCCAAGGAACAAGUUGGAUCAUUACGCCAUCCUCAAGUAUCCACUCACUACUGAGUCAGCGAUGAAGAAGAUCGAAGACAACAACACUCUUGUCUUCAUUGUCGACAUCCGUGCUGACAAGAAGAAGAUCAAAGACGCCGUGAAGAAGAUGUACGACAUCCAGACCAAGAAGGUUAACACCCUCAUCAGGCCCGAUGGAACGAAGAAGGCGUAUGUGAGGUUGACUCCUGAUUAUGAUGCUUUGGAUGUGGCUAACAAAAUCGGGAUCAUCUAA